GCAGUCCGACUUUAAGUGAGCUUGAACCGUUAUUUUCGUAUUUUACACAACCCCCUCGCUGCACCCCUCCCCACCGCCGGUGCCGCCGCUCUGCCCUGCCCCGCCAUGGAUUAGAAUGUCGGCCUCCGACGGCUACUACCUCCGCAACGGCGAGCUGCAGGGCCCCACCUUCCUCACCGUCCCCGGCUUCGCGCCUGUCCUCCGCGCCACGGGCGUCCACGACGCCCUUGCCGCCUCCACGGCCGUCGUCGCCCCCGACCGCCACGCCCUGUCCGCACUGCUCUCGCUCUGGCACCCGGGCUCCCAUGUCGUCCGCCUCCCCACCGGCCCCGCCACCUUCUCCCUCGAGGAUGCGCUGCUCCUUGCCGGCCUUCCCCCCUCCGGCGCCUCGCUGAGUCGGCCCCUCACCCCGACCGAGGAGGACAUCUGCGCCCGCCUCGUCGUGGAGAAGGAGAAGAUCAGGGCGCUCUACCCCUACGCCCGCAAGGCCCGCCGCGUGUCCGCGGAGGUCUGGCUCGAGUGGUUCGAGAGCCGAAUCCGCCCCGGGGAGGACGACGAGCUACGCUGGCUCGACUUCCUCGCCUACUGGCUUGCCUUCUUCGUCACCCCAAGUCUAAGGCCCAAGGGCGGCGAGCUGCCGGAGCGCGUGUUCGCGCUCGCCACCCGGAUUAGCCUCGGGGAGCUUGUCGCGCUCGGGCCGACGGUGGUGGCCAAUCUCUACGCCUAGAUGGACAUGAUUGUCACUACUAGGCUGGAAGAGGGGGCGAGCAGCUGCGUGGAUGUCUAGGCGCCGCUCUAGCUGCUGCAGGUGUGGCUAUGGGAGCGGUACCACCGCCUGCAGCAGCCGGAGCUGAAAGCGCCGGAGUUCCCUCUCUCCAAUGUCCGGGCACUCUACUGGUCUCGCAGGGAGAGGAAGACCACACAAGAGGAGGCUUUGCAUGUCCUGCAGGAAGAGGAUUGUUUCGAGUGGAGACCUUACAUGCGCAAUUAGCUCGACUGGUCUGAACCUGACUGGUUCAGCAAGGAAACUCUCUUGGUGAGCUCCAGAGGUAAGGAUAAGCCAGAGUGGUUGGAGGAUUACAUUGCGAUUAUCAGACAGGCGGUGUUGACUGGAUAGUAUGUGGAUGAUAUGGAUAGUUCGGCAAUGUACAAUCCCCACAUUGUCGCGAAGCAGCUCGGUUAUGAUCAGGAUGCGCCUUCUCCUCUUGUACAUGGGUUUGAUUCCAAGGGAAUCAAGGUGUGGGUGUCUGGUAUCUGUAGACGUGGCGUUGCUAGCAAGGAAUAUGUUGCCUGGUUGAAUGACGAGUUCGUGACGCACCAGGAAGCUAACCGGUAUGUUAGGCCAGUCGACGAAAUCGGUACUGGCUCAUCUCCACUCGAUGCAGAUACAACAGCUGGUAAAUCUGGAGAAAGUACCAUGCAAGAUAACAGUAAACGCAUCAGAGAAGAGGAGCAGCUAGCUCAAGAGGUCAAACACAGAGCUGAUUGUUCUAGACCGUAGUCCAUGCGAUAUGGACUCCAGUGCAACCGCGGUGAAAAGAAAGAAUGGGAACAGAAAAAGACGAGAUGAACUCUCUGAAAAUGGUGAUAUGCACAAGAAAAGUACGUCAUUUGCGAGCGAGUGCCAUGAAGGUCUCCAGCAAUACGAUGACGGACCUUCCACUGUCGGUUAUUCUGAGAAGAACUCCUUGCAAUUUGACGGCCAGAAGUCCCAUGGUCUCCAAAAGGAUCCUAAUUGUUACAUUAAUAAAAGUGAUGAGCUGCCACAACCUGAGAGUGACGAUUAAUGCGUUGUUCUUGAACCAACAUGUGAAGUCAUAAACCUCGAUGAUGAUCAGGAAGAUGAGGACAUACAACUUGUUCUGGAGCUACAAGAGUUUGUUCGCUGUGGGCUUUUCUCACAAUGGGAGGAAGGCUCUGAUGAAGAUGAAGAUGAAGGAGGUGAAGGAAAGAAAUAGACGUCAAAGAAGAGCAAUGUUGACCCUUAUGCUGAAGCAGCCAUGAUUGAGUACCCUCUCUUCUUUAAACUCAUUCCCCAGAGACCACAUUACAAAGGCUUAAUGAACACCAAUGACCCUAUACGAGAUCUGGCCUGUAGAGGACCGUGGUUCUUGUUAGUUUUAUAU